AUGGCAGACGACUACAAAAGAACCGAUGUAGUACAGAUCGGUGACGGGGAACCCUGUGGUCACGAGUGGUGCUGUGGGCGGAGUGAACUCGCCGAUCCCAGGCGCGCAAAGUCUCCUGGCAAUAAGAAACUCCAGUCAGGUCAGAAGUACACAUCAGCAGUGCGGUGUUACGUGGACUCUGGAGCCAAGAGACGCAAGCGGAACACAGAAAAGUUAUUCACGACAAGUGGGUACAUUGAACCUGUUAUCACAGAAAUGGACAACGAAGUCGAAACUGUUCCUCUCGUUCCCAUCAUCGUUGGCGUUGCGGCUGUUCUACUGGUGGCUCUGCUGGUGACAACCAUUUACCGCAUCCAAGACCUUGUCACUGUGGACGACGUAGUGGAAUUCCUGAGGUCCAGAGGACACCAGAUAGAUGGAGAAGCAGUCUCCAAUCUGACCGACGCUGUGCUGGCUGAACUCAUUCCUGAGAUCGGACCGAGGGUCAAACUACAGAAAGCACUGCAGGAACUGAAGGACAACUCGAACUGCGAUGAAAGCAGCAAACCUGUCCACGCUGACUGGGAAAUCCCCCGGUCCAGUCUGACGCUCGGUAAAGUCCUGGGGAAGGGACAGUUUGGAGAGGUCCGUAUGGGGGAGCUGAGGAAGAGAGGCGUGACUCAGACUGUGGCAGUCAAGACACUGAAAGCAUCUGCCGAAGACCGAGACAAACAGGACCUGAUGGGGGAGCUGGAGAUUCUGGUCACUGUUUGUCGUCAUGACAACAUCAUCAGUCUGGUUGGCGCAUGCACAGUAGAAGGUCCUCUGGCACUUGUGGUUGAGUACGCACCAAACGGCUGUCUGAAGGACUGGCUGAAGGACAACCGUCCUGAGGAGAUGGACCAGACAGACGACAAAAACAUCGCCACAUCCGGGGUUCAGCUGCCGAUGGACCAGCUGAUCCUGUUCGGUAUUGACAUCGCGAAUGGGAUGAGUCAUCUGGCCGCCAUGCAGUGUGUCCACCGUGACCUUGCAGCCAGGAACGUGCUCCUUGGAAAGGACCUGACGGCCAAGAUCUCAGACUUUGGUCUGUCUCGGGAUAUCUACGAGGAGUCUGAGUGGUCCUUUGGAGUCCUUCUGUGGGAGAUCAUGACAAUGGGUAAGAAGCCGUACGGUCGGAUGACCGGCAAAGAGCUCAUGAAACUGUUGCCGGAUGGCUACAGGCUGGAGAAACCUGCCCUAUGUCCUCAGGAGAUUUACGAUGUGAUGAGGUGCUGUUGGGAAACCCUCCCUGAAAACAGACCAACGUUUCCGGACCUGAAGGUGACUCUGGACCGGAUCGUUCAAGAUUACAAGCCCAUAGAAGAUAGUGCAGGCGACCACCAGCAAGAUAAUACUUCACUUUCCGUCCGUGUGAGCGGCCGCUCCCGGGGAGCGGACAGUCUGCCGGGCGGGGGACCGUGCCAGAUGGGGACCGGGUCAGAUGGGGACCGGGCGCGGCCAGGCCUGUGGGCGGGCGCCGGAACGAGCCGACCCCGAAG